AUGGCGGACGGACGCUUAUUUGUGAGCUCUGACGCCGAAUUAAGCGAUGUUGAAGAGAAUACAACAAAAAAUGUAGAAUCUAAGCGAGCGAAUAACAUCAAUGUCGUUAAGUAUCUUAAUAUUACUGAAAAAGGAAAACUCAGAUUGACAGGUUCUUUCGAGAAUCUCGAAAUACUGAUGAACGAGUUGCUCGAGACACAGACAAAAUGGUCAUCGCCUGGUGGUCAUUGUAAGCUGCUAGAGAUGGACAACUUCGAAAUGCGGUGGUAUUCAAACAAUUACUCUUUAAUUAUUAAAGGGGAGCAAGACGAAGUCGAAGAAAUAAACUCUCGGUUGCGAAUAAUGGCCAACCUAGCUGAUAAAGAAACCGCUUUUGUCAGUGAAGGAAAUGGCGACAGGGAGGGAGACGGCGUAAAUACAGCCUCGACCGAAAACAGUCAUAUCGAAAUAAAUUCACAUGAGACAUCGAACUACAACAAAGUACUCGACAGUAUACGAGACCUUGAACUGUGUUUUGUAAACAAAUUCGAUGAGCUUUUGCAGGAAAUUCGACAGUCCAAAACAACAGAAGAAACUAUCAGUGAAGACCGAAAUUCCUUAAUUAAAAAAAAUGGCAAACUGAAGCAAGAAAUCGACAUACUAUCGGACCAAGUCAAUAACUAUAAGUGUAUUGUAUCGGACUUACACACGAAAGUUAAACAACUAGAAGAUGAACAGAAAAGUUUAAUAACAGCAAUCAAAAUU